GGGACGGCCAUUUUGGGUGGAGACAUAGCAAUGUGGCGUCAAAUCUCGGCCAAGAGCGGAGCUCGUCAGUCCCUCCGCCGCCAAGUGAGCUCCAACAAUGGACCCAGCAAGCCGAUCGGCCACUCCCCGGUAAUGGAAAAGCCGCCUGCUGCGCCCGUGCCGCCGCCGACUAGCAAGCUCGCUGCAACUGCCAAGAAGCCCGAGUGGUCAAAGCCAUUGACGGCCAAGCCGUCGCCCCCAAAGAGCAACGGCGGUGGCGCCGUGUACGCAGUGCUACUCGCUUCUGUGACUGCGACGGCUGGGCUGGGCUACUACAUCCACGAGAACCCGAACUUCAACCCGAACUUGCUCAAGGACAACGAUGUGUUCUUGAAAUUCCGCGAGUUCGUGCUGUCGUCGUUCCCGACAGCCCGGUCAGGCCUAUCUUCUACGGCCAUCACCCUUCCGGAGACUUCAAAGGCGAAGCCAACGCCGUCACCAGUGGACAAAGUCAAGCUGGCCAAAAAGAAGACGGUCGAGAUCAAGAACGCUGCCGACUCCAAGCAAACGUCCGACGUGAAGAAGGCGUCUACGUCGUCGGACGCUUCAAUUACUCCAUCUGAAGCUACUCCUCCCACCGUGGUGGUGGCGAAGGAUGACGUCAAGGACGAUGCCAAGGCGGAUGUGGAAACUACCACCGCAACGGCAGUGACCGAACCGGCGGCAGUGGUCGCGUCGGACGACAAGGAGGACGACAACACUCAUUCCAUCGCGGAAGUCGCUGCUGCCAUUGUCAAGCAAGCCGAACAUGUGGUGGAAGUGGCCGAGGCGGUGGUCCACGAAGAGCUGCACAAGGCCGAGAAGGUCCUGCUCUCGGAAGCGCAGAAGGCGACGACGGCGCUUCAAAAGAAGCUCGACGAAGCGUCUGCCAAGGAAAAGGAUGCGAUCGAUGAACUGAACCGGGAGCUCGUGGCGUUCGAAGACAAGGCCAAGGAAGUGUCGGCGGCCACCAAGAACAAGGUGGUCAAGAAGGCCCGCGCUGAGGCGGACGCUCUUGGCGAAGAGCUGGACCACACCAUUCUCGCCGGCAUCAAGGAGUUGGACGCCGAGAGUUUGCGGCUUCGAGUGGCCCAGCUGGCCACGGAGAUGAAGAACCGAUCCAAGUGGGAAGCGGUGCGGUUGAUGGAAUCGUUGCGUCGCAUGGAAGAGGAAGUGCACGCACAGCAUGCAGAAUUGUUGCGCCAACAAGAUGUGCUGCACAAGGACUUGUUGGCCCGUGAACUGCGUCUGCAAGAAGAGUUGAUCACCCGCACCGCUCGCCAAGAAUUGGACGCGGUGCGCGCCCAACACGAAUCUCAGCUCAAGGCGUUGGUCGAGUCGGAAAAGGCCGUCGUGCAAGCCGCGUUCGACCACCAGCUGGCGACGCUCCAGGCCGACGCCGACAAGAAAGUGGCGGAAACCAUUGCUCAAAAGGUGCAUGAGGUCCAAGCCGCUACCGAAAAGGAUCAAGCUGGCCGCAUUCGCGAACUCAACGAUGUCCGCGUGCAAUUGAAGGCCGUGAACGAACUGCUCGGGGCUACGUCCAACUACGAAGCGUUCAGCCACAAGGUGCACAAGGUGUCUGUGGCGGCUCUGGCGCUGACCAACCGCAUCGAGGCGGCGGCCCCCCUCCACAGCGAAAUCAAUGCGUUGCGGACGGCGGGUAAGGGCGACGAGCUGAUUGAAGCGGCGGUGACGACGUUGGCCAAGUUUGGGGACGGCGCGCCGUCGGUGGCCCAGCUGCAAGACCGUUUCAAAGUCGUGCAAAAGGCUGCGCGACAGGCGGCGUUGGUGCCCGAGUCGUCCCAGGGCGGCGGCAUGGUCGGCCAUCUCUUUGCGAAUGCGCUGCAUUUUCUAUUGAUUCCCCCCGGGGGGCCCAUUCAAGGGACCGAUGCCGAAGCCGUGUUUUCCCGCGCCGAGUAUGCGCUGCGCGGAGGAGACAUUGAGUCGGCCGUGGCGGAAGUGGAUAAGCUCACAGGGCUGCCCCACGACGUGGUGGCGGAUUGGGUGGCGGCCGCCAAGUCGCGCCUCGCGGUCGAGCAAACGGCCAAGGUGGUCAAAGCGCACAUCUCCCUGCUCGCGGCGAGUUUGUCGUAGGCAACACAUGGACAUUUGAGUUGUUGGCAGGGAUAGCUAGAUAGACUUUGUACAUCUACAUCGACUUUGGCCACCCAAUUGUUGAUCAAGAGUGUGUAUGUAUGUAUGCACACUGGGUAUGUAAAUGUGUCUUGGGUAGC